UUUUCUAUCUUUUCCCUUUGCUAACCCUAGCUGUUUGCUUCACCAUAUCGUAAAUCAUCCACAACAAAUUAAAUCGCGCCGUUUUCACAUUGAAGCUUCUACCGCCGCUGCUGCCGCACUGCUGCACCGUUUCCUUCAUUCGUCUCAGCCUUUCCUUCCUGCUAGCCAGCGAGAGGGGGAAGAUAAAACUAGAGAAGAAUCAUGAGACCAAUUCUGAUGAAAGGCCAUGAAAGGCCUUUAACAUUCCUUAAGUACAACAGAGAUGGCGAUCUUCUAUUUUCUUGCGCCAAAGAUCACAACCCCACUGUCUGGUUUGCCGACAACGGCGAACGCUUAGGAACUUAUCGAGGCCAUAAUGGUGCUGUUUGGUGCUGCGAUGUCACAAGAGAUUCGGGUCGACUCAUUACUGGCAGCGCUGACCAGACGGCGAAGCUGUGGAAUGUACAAACUGGUCAACAAUUGUUCACCUUCAAUUUUGAUUCCCCAGCAAAGUCUGUCGACUUUUCUGUCGGUGAUAAGCUUGCAGUCAUCACCACCGACCCCUUUAUGGAACUUUCUUCAGCAAUCCAUAUCAAACGCAUUGCUAAAGAUCCUGCAGACCAAAUUGGGGAGUCUGUGCGUGUCAUUAAGGGCCCACAGGGUAGAAUCAAUAGAGCUGUUUGGGGACCCCUCAAUCAAACCAUUAUCAGUGGUGGAGAAGACUCUAUCCUUCGAAUUUGGGAUACUGAGGCAUUCCUUCUUUCCUAUAUAUUUAUUUAUGUUGCAACACUCACUAUCAUAUCAUCAACCACAAUUAUUUCAUUCUAUUUCACUUACUUGCAGACCGGAAAACUACUUAAGGAAACAGACAAGGAAUCUGGCCACAAAAAGACAAUAACCUCACUUGUUAAAUCUGCGGAUGGAUCACAUUUCCUAACCGGCUCCCUUGAUAAGUCUGCUAAGCUUUGGGAUAGCAGAACAUUGACUCUUAUCAAGACAUAUGUGACUGGUAGCCCUGUCAAUGGAGUUGCAAUGUCCCCCCUUCUUGAUCAUGUGGUUCUUGGAGGUGGUCAGGAGGCAUCGGCUGUUACAACUACUGAUCAUCGUGCUGGAAAAUUUGAAGCCAAGUUCUAUGAUAAGAUUCUUCAAGAAGAAAUUGGCGGUGUGAAAGGACAUUUUGGACCAAUUAAUGCACUGGCCUUUAACCCUGAUGGAAAAAGUUUUUCAAGUGGAGGUGAAGAUGGAUAUGUACGUUUGCAUCACUUUGACCCAGAAUAUUUCAAUAUCAAAAUUUAGUUCUCGAGAAUUUCUGAUUGAUAUAAAGGGGGUUCCUAGAAGUUAGCUUUCAAUUCCUUUCACAUAAAUUUUGUGAUCUUGUCGUGUACUAAAGUUGUUACCGGUAAAUCCUUUUGCACUAGCAUUAUGAAUCAAUUUUGGUUGGAGUUUGACUUAUUUUAAGAUUAUCAUAGCACUUUUUUUGUUGAUGAA